CGCGGGGCGGGGUCGGCGGCGGAAGAUGGCGCGGUGCGGAGCCGGGCUGUGCUGCUGCUGCUGCUGCGGCGAGCGGGAGAGCCGCACCCCCGAGGAGCUGACAAUCCUAGGAGAAACUCAUGAAGAGGAAGAUGAGAUCCUUCCACGCAAAGACUAUGAGAGCUUGGAUUAUGAUCGCUGUAUCAAUGAUCCAUACUUGGAAAUUUUGGAGAGCAUGGACAACAAGAAAGCCCAGAGAUACGAAGCAGUGAAGUGGGUGCUGGUUUUUGCUAUUGGAGUCUGUACAGGACUGGUGGGUCUCUUUGUGGAUUUCUUCGUGCGGCUCUUUACCCAGCUCAAGUUUCAGGUGGUGCAAAGCUCGGUGGAGGAAUGCACUGAGAAAGGCUGCCUUGCACUGUCCUUGUUGGAGCUGCUGGGGUUCAACCUGACCUUUGUUUUUCUUGCCAGUCUUCUGGUCCUGAUCCAACCUGUAGCAGCUGGGUCGGGAAUUCCUGAAAUUAAGUGCUACCUCAAUGGAGUGAAGGUUCCAGGGGUUGUGCGUCUGCGGACAGUGGUGUGCAAAGCUACAGGAGUGCUCUUCAGCGUGGCAGGAGGUCUUUUUGUCGGGAAGGAGGGUCCAAUGAUUCACAGUGGUGCUGUCGUGGGUGCGGGCUUGCCACAGUUCCAGAGCAUCUCUUGGAGGAAGAUCCAAUUUAACUUUCCCUAUUUCCGCAGUGACAGGGAUAAAAGGGAUUUUGUAUCUGCUGGAGCAGCUGCAGGGGUUGCAGCUGCCUUUGGAGCCCCAAUUGGAGGCACUCUUUUUAGUCUGGAAGAAGGUUCCUCCUUCUGGAACCAGGGACUUACAUGGAAAGUGCUUUUCUGUUCCAUGGCUGCCACCUUCACCCUAAAUUUUUUCCGCUCUGGGAUUCAGUUUGGAAGCUGGGGGUCUUUCCAGCUCCCUGGGCUGCUGAACUUUGGGGAGUUUAAGUGCCCUGAAUCUGAUAAGAAAUGCCACCUCUGGACAGCUGUGGACUUGGGCUUCUUCAUUCUGAUGGGAAUUGUAGGAGGCCUUCUUGGAGCCACCUUUAACUGCCUGAACAAGAGGCUUGCCAAGUACCGCAUGCGCAAUGUGCAUCCCAAGCCAAAGCUGGUCAGAGUCUUGGAGAGUUUGCUCGUGUCAUUGAGCACCACCGUGGUGGUCUUCAUAGCCUCCAUGGUUCUGGGGGAGUGCCGGCAGAUGUCUUCCAGCAGGCACAGUGGCAAUGACACCCUGAGCCUGCAGGAUAUAUCAGAGGAUGUAAAUUCAAGCAUCAAAACUUUUUUUUGCCCAAAUGAAACGUACAAUGACAUGGCCACGCUCUUCUUCAACCCUCAGGAGUCAGCUAUCCUGCAGCUCUUCCACCAGGAUGGUACUUUCAGCCCAGUCACCCUAUCCCUGUUCUUCCUUCUCUAUUUCUUACUCUCCUGCUGGACAUAUGGGAUCUCUGUGCCCAGUGGUCUGUUUGUACCAUCACUGCUUUGUGGGGCUGCCUUCGGACGCCUGGUCGCCAACCUCCUCAAAAGUUACAUUGGCCUGGAUCACAUCUACUCGGGAACCUUUGCGCUGAUCGGGGCGGCGGCGUUCCUGGGAGGAGUGGUCCGCAUGACCAUCAGCCUGACCGUCAUCCUCAUCGAGUCCACCAACGAGAUCACCUAUGGGCUCCCCAUAAUGAUCACCCUCAUGGUGGCCAAGUGGACAGGAGACUUUUUCAACAAAGGCAUCUAUGACAUCCACGUGAACUUGCGAGGAGUGCCUCUCCUGGAGUGGGAAACCGGGGUGGAAAUGGAUAAACUACGAGCCAGUGACAUCAUGGAACCCAACCUGACGUACGUGUACCCACACACGCGGAUCCAGUCCCUCGUUAGCAUCCUGCGCACCACUGUCCAUCACGCCUUCCCUGUGGUGACGGAGAACCGGGGCAAUGAGAGGGAGUUCAUGAAGGGAAACCAGCUGAUAAGUAACAACAUCAAGUUCAAGAAAUCCAGCAUCCUCACCCGAGCUGGAGAGCAGCGCAAGCGCAGCCAGUCCAUGAAAUCCUACCCGUCGAGUGAGCUGCGUAACAUGUGUGACGAGCACAUAGCAACAGAGGAGCCUCCUGAAAAGGAGGAUCUGCUGCAACAGAUGCUGGAGAGAAGAUACACUCCUUACCCCAGCCUGUACCCUGACCAGUCUCCCAGUGAGGAGUGGACCAUGGAGGAACGCUUCAGACCCUUGACCUUCCAUGGCUUGAUCUUGCGCUCACAGCUGGUCACCCUUCUCGACCGGGGGGUUUGCUACUCCGAGAGCCAGUCGAGUGCAAGUCAGCCCCGUCUGUCCCACGCAGAGAUGUCAGAGGAUUAUCCCCGCUAUCCAGACAUCCAUGAUCUGGACCUCACAUUGCUGAACCCUCGUAUGAUAGUGGACGUCACCCCGUACAUGAACCCAUCACCCUUUACUGUGUCUCCAAAUACUCAUGUAUCACAAGUCUUCAACCUGUUCAGGACAAUGGGACUCAGGCAUUUACCGGUUGUGAAUGCAGUUGGAGAGGUUGUUGGGAUAAUCACUCGGCACAACCUGACCCAUGAGUUCCUGCAGGCAAGACUGAGACAACACUAUCAGACCAUUUGAUGCCCCUGCCCCUCUGUCAGUGUGGCUUCCUCCCUCCUCCAAGCCUGCCCACUCGCUCGCAUUCUGCUUGGACACCACAAGGCCCAGGACUUGCCUUUUGGCUUCUCACAUGCAUAUCAAGCCUGGGGAACUGGAAAACAUCUUGCUAGCCAGAGGAGCUGCCUGAGCCCAGAGGUGUUGAUUGGCCUUAGGCACUUGGUUUGACAACUCUUGAUCCAGGUGUUUUCUUCCCCUGUCCCCCAGUUAUCUCCUUCCAUCGGAUGUUGUCCUGACACUGUGUGUUCUGCUGUUUUGUUUUGGGGUUUUCUGAAGAGUUGGAAAAAAGAACCAUUUGCCUCCACUGUGUCUUGGGCAAAGAACUGCAGCAAUUUUCCCUUCCUCCUGUAUGACUCCCUUUUCCUCUUCCUCCCUUGUUCCUGCAACUGUUGCCUUAUUUGUGUGAGAAGGGGGUUCCUGAGAGGAGAUACUGAGGUUUGUAGGUAUCAAAUAGCUGCUCUGGAGGAUGGUUUCUUGCAAAAGCAGUAUUUAAAAAUGCAGCAUUUUGGAAAUACACCUGUCUUUGCAAGUGUUCCCCUUUGCCCAUGUUUUUUCACUCUGGCUUCAUUUGUUCUUACUUUCUCUCCUUCUUUCAUGAGGAAAUGUUUCAGCUGUGAUGUUUUUGACAGCAGAUGACUUUGGAGAGCAACUCAGCAGACUUGGAGUUCAAAAUGGUUGUUUCAGUUACUCUUUGGGUUUAUAAAUAUUUAAUAUAUUUGCAAAGCAUCUCAGAGAAGGGUGACCUCUUUCCUAUUAGCUGUUGCUAUUAUCUCCCUGUAAGAGACUCUUCUAAUACGCUUGGUGGCAUUCCACUUUGACAUUCCUGCAUUUCUUGGCAUUUGUAGGCACUUUGUCCUUGCAAUUCUCAAAAAGUGAGAGCCUGGGGCACCUUUCCAGCUGGAGUCAGAGAACAGGGAGCUCCACAUCCUGAGAGCAUGGAGAAGUGUUGCUUUCUGGAGGCAAAUAGACCUGAUGGUCUCUGGGCUUGAAUUAUCUCUCUGUCAUGAGAGGAGCUGCUGUACUUUCAGGCUGCCAUGAGGAGGGGUACUUGGUGCUGGUGACUAAGGCAGGAUCUCCUGCACAUGAUAAGUGGGGCUGUCUGUGCUCUAAAAAUGCUUGGGGUAAUGUUUGCAACUGCAGCAAUCUGUAAGGGUAAAAUCAGCACUUGGGAACCAGUUGCAGCCAGUUCAGUGCUUUAGCAGGUACCAUCCUGGCCAGCACCUGCAUUGUUCCAGCAGGCACCUGCCCUCCUGAGUUCUCAGUGCAGAUAACCCUCAGUGGGAAGCCAGUGCUGUGCCUCAGGGACUGCAGAGCUGAUUGGCUUGAUAAAGCACAGAGCAUUCCCUCAGCCAAGAGACUGGGACAAGUUACAUGGGGAAUGUGUUCCAGAAAAGCUUCUACACAGCCUCUGAGCCCUCCAGUUAACCUGUUGUCUGCCUGGACCUGGCUAGGUGGGAAUUGGGACAGAAGGGCAGACUUUGUUGAUUUUCUCUGUUUCCUUAGAGCAUAGGAGUUGGCAUCAGCUACUACUCUUGAUUUGUGAGUUCCUUCCCUUUGAGUAAGGAUGUUUGUUCUGUCUGGAUAGUCUCUGCAGGCGUUGUCUAAAAUGCCUGUGUUCCCUGAGCUCUGGUCUUACACUGAGCUAUCCCAGGAAACUUCCAGCACCCAUUUGCACUCCCUGAAGCUGGACUCUAGGUUUGAAAUAUGCUGGUGUUAGGCUACCUUUCAUUCAAAGGAUUUGUGCUUCUGGGUAUUACGAAUCACAGGAAUCCUGUUUUUGUGGGAUUUCACGUCACUCAUGUGGAAUUGGGAAUCCUGUAGUGUUAAAGCACCUGUCAAGAAUGUCUUGUGUCUCCCCAUGACAAGGGCACCAGAUGCUUCCCCAUCUGAGGGCACCUUGCCUUCAACCUGUUGGCAGAACUGUCUGCUCUGCCUGGGCAUCUUAUUCAAAUAUUUUAGCUGGAAAACACCCUUUCAUUCUUUCAGUAAAGAAGUUUUCAGUGAGGAUGGUGGGUGACCCUGUCAGCUGCUUUAAAGGGAAAUUUCAGCAUAGAGUUACUGCUCUGUAGCCUGCAGAAAAGGAAUUUCAAGUUCACCUGACAUUUGGAGAUGUAGCACUUCCCUUCUGAUGAGGAUUGAUGCCAGGGGCCUUGUAUUGAGUCAGUCUUGUUCUCACACUUCAGUUACUUCAUUCCUUUCUUACAACACACUGACUGCUUCUACCCUGGCUCUAGUAGCUUAGUGCUUUACCGAGAAACUUAAUUUUUAACAUAGGUGCCUGUAAUGUUUUAACAGAGCAACACUAAGGGAAAAAUAACCCAGAACUUGGGUUAGUUCUAUUGGCAAGGUUAGGGGCUUAGUCUGGGGCCUUCUCCCUUGCCUUGUGGUUUCCUGUGCAGUGUUAAUUAUGCAGUUUUGAAUUAUUAAUUACUGUGAACCAUUCCAAUGGUAGCAACUUACCUUUCCAUUUGUUUUUUGGGGGUUUUUUUUGCACUGUUUUUUGUUACGAAAUGAUGUAAGCUAAUUCCGUCUUGUGUGUAUAUAAACUGUAUUUUUUUUAAAUUUGUAUGAAUAUAUUUUUAUUUGAACUAUAGCACUUGGGAAGUAUUCAUGUAGUUGUAACAUGUCUGAGAGUAAAAUGUUUGUGUCUCCUUCAGCACUUUCAAGGCCUUUUGAUGUUUCUAGUAUUGUUUUAUUUUUGCCCUAUGUGAUAAUAAAACUAGUAGAACAUGACAA